GUUGCAGACGACUGCUCACCUCGACCACAUUGCGCAUGUGUGGUAUUUGUAAAUGGCCUUAAAAAUAGCUUAUAGACUGUUUACCUUUAGCCACCGGGUCAUUUCAUGCAAUGUCUUCUCCAGCGAAUCAGGCUACAGCGAACGGUUUACGGUUAAACAUGACCGACAGAACCGACGCUUCACCGUCUCUCCAGGCAGCGGCGCAGGGCCCAAUGAAUGUGCCGUGCUGUACUACAGGUUCACUGGGCAGAAGGAGGUGGACCUGAUGUCCACCUUCGUUCCUGAGACCAUUCGAGGCCAAGGUAUUGCUGCAGUGCUGUCACAGGCAGCCAUGGAUUUCCUGGUUGAGGAGAACCUAAAGGCACACAUCUCCUGCUGGUAUAUAAAGAAAUACAUUGAUGAGCUGCCUCAGCAGCAGUAUAAACACCUGAUUAUCUCCUGACUGCUGCUUGGUAUUCCACUGCAGGCCAGACUGGUAUCUUCAGUCACUUCAUAAUCUGCACAACUUAAAGUGAGAUUUGAAUCAAAUCAGUGGUUUUGUUUGUAUAUCAUGAAUGAAAUUUUGAAGCAUAUUUAGAAAAUCUAAACUAUUUGAAAUAAGAUUUAGAGUCGGCAUUAAUAUGUUUGAAUUUUUUCCUAAUUUAUUCACGUCUGUACAAUUUAUUCUUGUUCGGAGAUUUUUUUCUCAUUCUGUUUAUUAAAGCAUAAAUUAAAAGCCUA